GAGGUCCGGCAGCUGUGAUGGCCCAUGCGGAGGGUUGCGGCGUUGAGUGACGCUCUGGUUCCCCAGCAUGGGCAGUGUAGGCAGCGGGGUGGCCGGUGAGCAGGAGUUUGCCAUGAAGAGCGUGGGCACACGCACCACCCUUCCUCGUGGCCCUCCCCUGUCCCGCCGCGGCCCCUCCGACCGCCUCCACGCAGCUCCCUGCACCUCGGAGGGCUCGAGUGACGAACGAGGCAGGAGCAGCACCACCACGGAUCGAGGCCAGCUCACCAUCGCUGCGUCUCGUCCCAGCAGGGGGAGCAGGCUGGAGGGGAAUGCCGCGGGCCGCCGGGACACCACCAGAGUGUCUCUGGAUGCUUGCGGUAACGUGGUGGGUCACGGCGCGGAGAAGAACCACGAGGUAAAGGGCAGAGACGGGAACAACGGCAAGAGAGACAGUCGCAUGCCACCCAAGAUCCUCACUGUAUCUGGGAAACUCGAGCAGAAUAAUUCUACUCUGGUCCGUCCGUCCGCCUUCAAACCCGUCGUGCCCAAGAGUUUUCACUCCAUGCAGAACCUGGUGGGUCAGUCCAGCGGGGGUCGAUCUGCUGGCUCCGACGCCCCGCAGUCCCUCUGUGAGCAGGACAGUCCGGAUCGGGACCCUUCGGCCGGAAACGACGGGCAGGGCGGCAUGUCCGACUCCGGGAGGAACUCUCUGACCAGCCUGCCCACCUACACGGGGCCCGGCGUGAGCUACGGUCCCGCUCAAGCGCUGGGGCCCCUCAGUGCCUCCACCAGCCACAUCAACAGACUGAGCAGCACAGCGGCGCCGCUGGAGAAACCAGACAAACCCAGCUACCAGAACGGCCUGAGCGUGUCUGACAGCGGACAGUCCUCCUCUGGGAAGAGCUGCUUGUCCUAUCAGAGACUCGCCACCAUCCAGCCAUCGCCCUCCACCGACGACAUCAUCCAGGACCUGGAGGACCGACUCUGGGAGAAAGAGCAGGAGGACGAGAUCAGCACUCUGCUCGCACAGAGAGAGGAGCUGGAGCACAAGUGUCUGGAUUACCGCAAGGAGCAGGCGGAUAUACUGCCUCGCCUGGAGGAGACCAAGUGGGAGCUGUGUCAGAAAGCGGGCGAGAUCUCUCUGCUGAAGCAGCAGCUGCGGGAGAGUCAGAACGAGGUUACGCAGCGCGCCGGAGAGAUGGUGGCCCUCAGGGGCCAGCUGAAGGAGCUCAAGGGCCAGAUGAAGGAGCGCGAGGAGACCAUGAUCGGCCUGAAGGACUCGUACACCAACAAGAGCCGCGAGCUGGAGAGAUGUGAAGGAGAACUGAAGAGAACGCUGACAGAGGUGUCGAUGUUGCGUGACAAGCUGGUGGUGUUCGAGGCCGAGGUUCUGGGUCUCAAGCGGGCUCUGAGCGAGCUGAGCUGCAGGAGCGAUCACGCCGUGUGUCUGAGGGACAUCAGCGGCAUCAGCGGCAGCUUACCGUGGGCCGGCUUGCACUCGCCCCGCUCGCCCGAAGCCCUGCCCAUCGACAGCUUCCUCAGCCUGCAGAGCGACGAGGCCAAAGCGCAGCGGCAGGAGGCGGGAGAGCUGCGGCGGCAGCUGGAGAGACUGCAGGGCGAGCUGCACCUGGAGCGGCAGCAGAGAGAGAGGCAGACGCUCACCUUCGCUCAGGAGCGACACACCUGGCAGGACGAGAAAGAGCGCGUGCUGAAGUACCAGGCGCAGCUGCAGCUCAGCUACGUGGAGACGCUGCAGAGGAACCAGGCGCUGGAGGAACGGGUCGGCCAGCUCGGAGCCAAACUGGGCAUCUCGCCCGGAUCGCCCGUCAGCCUCUCCAUCCCCGUCCCUGUGACCAUCACUCUGUCCCCAGCCGUGGACGAUCCCAAACAUCAGCUGGCGCCUCCGUGGCCGGGACCGUCUCGCUUGGAGCGGAUCGAGUCCACGGAGAUUUAGACGCGAGACAAUCGACUUGAGACUAAAGCCCCAUUCACACCAAAAAUGAUAACUAU